UGUCAGCUGGCAUGCUGGGUGGGGCCUAUUUAGCCGGCAGGGGCACAAGUCUGGGGACACUGAACUGGUGUCCCUGCCCCAAGUCGUUGCAGCCCCGGCCAGCCCCGGGGCUCACAUCUCCUCCGCGGGUCCCCCAGCUCCGCGAUGAUGGCAGAAGAGCACACAGACCUGGAGGCCCAGAUCAUCAAGGACAUUCACUGCAAGGAGAUCGACCUGGUGAACCGAGACCCCAAGAACAUUAACGAGGACAUAGUGAAGGUGGACUUUGAGGACGUGAUCGCAGAACCUGUGGGUACCUACAGCUUUGACGGCGUGUGGAAGGUGAGCUACACCACCUUCACCGUCUCCAAGUACUGGUGUUACCGCCUGCUGUCCACCCUGCUGGGCGUCCCGCUGGCGCUGCUCUGGGGCUUCCUGUUCGCUUGCAUCUCCUUCUGCCACAUCUGGGCCGUGGUGCCCUGCAUCAAGAGCUACCUGAUUGAGAUCCAGUGCAUCAGCCACAUCUACUCGCUCUGCAUCCGCACCUUCUGCAACCCGCUCUUCGCAGCCCUGGGCCAGAUGUGCAGCAACAUCAAGGUGAUGCUGCGGAAGGAAGUGUAACGCCAGGUGGGGCCAAGGGGGCGGCCGGGCAGGGGAGUCAGGCCAGGCUGGUCCCACGGUACUGCUCCACGGGGGCUGCUGGGGCGCUCUUUCUCUGUGGGGACUGCUGCUUCCCCCCCACGGCAGGAGCACAGAGUUUUCUGAAAGCCAGAAAGACAGAGCCACCACAGAAGCACAGCGGCCCUUCACUCCACCCCCAUCCCACCACGAUGCCCCCGUGACCAUGCACGAGGGAAGAUCAUUUGCUAAGAGGCAGCUACUGCAAGUCUUUGCUUUCACGUGUACUGUAACAGCACAGACCAGCACUCAGUUCCCACCCAGGGGUGACCUGCCCACACGCGCCACCCAGGAAAUCCACCGGUGACUGUCGGCGUUGGGAGGGUGGCGCCAAUAAAGGGUUU